CAGUGAAUAGCCUUGAUAAGCACUUCAGAAAGCAUUCUUUGGUGAAAAUGUUAAAGACGUUCUUGUUUGUAGCCUGUAUCGCUAAUGUGCUUCUAGCAGACUCUACUGAAGAAACAUGUGAACAAGAUUCGGAUGAUUAUCCAAAUGAAAAUGACUGUGGCUUAAAUGAAGAAUUUUCGGAUUGCCCCGAUGGUGCCUGCAGACCCUUAACUUGUGAUGAAGUAGGAUAUCCUGUGCCCUGCGCAGAUAUUGAUCCAGAAAGGGGAUGCCCAAGCGAACCUAAGUGUAUUUGUAAAAAUGGAUUCGUAUUGAAUAACAGCAGCAUUUGUAUACCAAUUAGGGAAUGCCCUUCAUGCGGUGGAGAUCCCAACGCUGAAGGUGGAGGUUGCGGUUUGAAUUGUGGCAAUCUAUGUAGCAACUAUGAUCAAAAGCCCAUCAAAUGUUCAACAGAUAUAUGUGAAGCUAAUGGCUGUGAUUGUAGAAAAGGAUAUGUUUUUGAUGAAAUCAAACGGAUAUGUGUCCUACCAAACGAAUGUCCUUCGAAAUGUACGAAACCAAAUGAAGUAUUCGACGAAUGCCCGAAAACAUGUCCACCCAGAAUAUGUGGCGUAGAUGAACGCACGAUAAGGUGCGCUGCUCCACCCAAGCCUGGGGAUCCUGAAUGCAAGCCGGGAUGUCGAUGUGCUGACAAUUAUUAUCGUAACGAACAGGGUACUUGCGUUACGAAGAAACAGUGCAAAAUCAAAUGUAAUCAGAAUGAGGUAUUCGAUUUAUGUCCUGCCCCAUGUCCUCCAAGAAGAUGCGGUAUAGACCCAGCCUUAGUGCUUUGUGCUCCGUCGCCUACAAUCGGAGAUCCAGGUUGCGAGCCCGGCUGUCGAUGUAUUGACGGUUACGUCAGGAAUGAUACAGAUGUUUGUAUUCCGAAAGAAGAAUGUCCUGUGGUGUGUACUGGAGAAAAUGAAGAAUAUGAUAACUGUCCAGCGCCUUGCCCACCACAAACGUGCGACAGUCUUAAAAGAAAAUAUUUUUGUCCCAAACAACGUAUUGUAAACGGAAAAUAUAUCCCAGACUCUAAAAGUGGGCAAAAGUGCGAGGGUUCAUGUCGUUGCAUACCUGGCUAUUAUAGAAACAAACAAGGCAUUUGUAUAUCAAAAGGAAGUUGUAAGUGCGGAGAAUACGAACGAUACGAAGUAUGCCCAUUUGAUACUUGCACUGCAAAAAAUUGUUCUGAACUCGGAUUCGCAAUAGGCUGCCCUGGGCAAACUCAAGACGGUAGUUGUCCUGGUGGUCCGGGAUGUGUCUGUAUCGACGGGUAUUUGAGGAAUGACGUAGGAUCCUGUAUACCACAGUCAGAAUGUGAAACAUGCGGAGGAGAUCCUAACGCAAGAGCCGGUUGUGGGAGUAAUUGUAACAGAAAAUGCUCCGAUAUUGGUGCAAAUGAAACAAAAGCUUGUACUUUAGCUUGCCGUGUCAACGCCUGUGAUUGUAAAGAUGGGUAUUAUCUCGAUGAAAACACCGGAAAAUGUGUGCUUCCUAACGAAUGCCCUUCAAUAUGCGGUCCCGAUGAAGUGUAUUCCGAUUGUACAAACGGCGGUUGUAAUGCGAAAAACUGUACACAAUUAGGCAGACCCGUACCUUGCGUUAAGAUUAAUUCUAAGAAUUGCAAGAAAGGUUGCAUUUGUAAAGAGGGAUACUUACGCGACGAAAACGGCUUAUGUGUUCCUGAACAAUCUUGUCCUCAGUCUUGUAACAAGCCGAACGAAGUUUAUGAGCGGUGUACCUUCGACUGCCCUCCACAGACGUGCGAUAGUCUUGACAAAGCGUAUGAGUGUCCAUUGCAGAAUAACCAAACUUGCGUAGGAAAAUGUAAAUGCAAACCCGGCUACUACAGAAAUUUAAUCGGAGAAUGUAUUUCCGAAGAAGAUUGCCGAAGAUGUCCCGGAAAACAUGAAUAUUAUUCUUGUGGCGGAGCAUGCGACAACAUUUGUGACAAACUAAGCGAAGAGAACCAGACAAGUUGUUCGAUAGUUAAUAUAAAAUGUAAUGAAAUGUGUUACUGCGAGGAAGGCUAUGCACGGAAUAAAAACAAUAUUUGUGUACCUUUUGAUCAAUGUAAUGAAAUCCAAUGUAAUAAGAAUGAGGUAUUCGAUUUAUGUCCUGCCCCAUGUCCUCCAAGAAGAUGCGGUAUAGACCCAGCCACAGUGAAUUGUAUUCCGUCGCCUAAAAUCGGAGAUCCAGGUUGCGAGCCCGGCUGUAGAUGUAUUGACGGUUACGUCAGGAAUGAUACAGAUGCUUGUAUUCCCAAAGAAGAAUGUCAGUGCGGAGAGAACGAACGAUACGAAGUAUGCCCAUUUGCUACAUGUACUGCAAAAAAUUGUUCUGAACUCGGAUUACCAAUAAGCUGCCCUGGGCAAACCCCAGACGGUAGUUGUCCUGGUGGUUCGGGAUGUGUCUGUAUCGACGGGUAUUUGAGGAAUGACAUAGGGGCCUGUAUACCACAGUCAGAAUGUGAAGCAUGCGGAGGAGAUCCAAAUGCAAGAGCCGGUUGUGGGAGUAAUUGCAACAGAAAAUGCUCCGAUAUAGUGGCAAAUGAAACAAAAGCUUGUACUUUGGCUUGCCGUGUCAACGCCUGUGAUUGCAAAGAUGGGUAUUAUCUCGAUGAAAACACAGGAAAAUGUGUGCUUCCUAACGAAUGCCCUUCAAUAUGCGGUCCCGAUGAAGUGUAUUCCCAUUGUACAAACGGUGGUUGUAAUGCGAAAAACUGUACACAAUUAGGCAGACCCGUACCUUGCGUUAAAAUUAAUCCUAAGAAUUGCAGGAAAGGUUGCAUUUGUAAAGAGGGAUACUUACGCGACGAAAACGGCUUAUGUGUUCCUGAACAAUCUUGUCAUCAGUCUUGUAACAAGCCGAACGAAGUUUAUAAUCGGUGUACCUUCGACUGCACUCCACAGACGUGCGACAGUCUCGACAAAGCGUAUGCGUGUCCAUUGCAGAAUAACCAAACUUGCGUAGGAAAAUGUAAAUGCAAACCCGGCUACUACAGAAAUUUAAUCGGAGAAUGUAUUUCCGAAGAAGAUUGCCGAAGAUGUCCCGGAAAACAUGAAUAUUAUUCUUGUGGCGGAGCAUGCGACAACAUUUGUGACAAACUAAGCGAAGAGAACCAGACAAGUUGUUCGAUAAUUAAUAUAAAAUGUAAUGAAAUGUGUUACUGCGAGGAAGGCUAUGCACGGAAUAAAAACAAUAUUUGUGUACCUUUUGAUCAAUGCAAUGAUCCUGUUUGUCCUGAAAACGAGAGGCACGAUAAGUGUCCUGCAUUUUUGUGUGGUCCACAAAAGUGCUCUGAACUCGGCUUCGGUACAAACUGUCCAGCAUCUGUCAAUAAUGGUACUUGUCCCGGAAAACCGGGUUGCGUCUGUGUUAAUGGAUACGUCAGAAACAAUAAAAACGUUUGCAUACCACAGGAUCAAUGCCCUUCAUGUGGAGGAGACGAAAAUGCUCAACCUGGAUGCGGUAAUUACUGUGGAAACCGUUGCUCAGAUUACGAAGGCGGACCAAAGAUAUGUCCUCUGAUCUGCAUCCUGAAUUCGUGUGACUGUAGACCGGGCUAUGUAUAUGAUGAUCUAGUUAAAAAAUGUGUUCUCCCGAAAGAUUGCUCAUCCAAACCACUUUGUGGCGAAAACGAAGAAUCUUCAGAUUGUGCCAAUCGCUAUGAUAGUCCAGAUUGCUAUGUGGAUCCCAAGGAUUGCAUUCAAGGAUGCAUUUGCAAAGUAGGAUAUGUGAGAAAUGAUGAAGGAGUUUGUGUUCGAGAUGAUUGUGAUGACUCAUGCAAUGGGGAUCCGAACGCCGUUGUUGGAUGUGGAGUAAAUUGUAACAGACAUUGUUAUGAUAUCGGCAAAGAAAGUCAAGGUUGUAUUGAGAUUUGCUACGAAGACGGCUGCGAUUGUAAAGACGGAUAUUAUUACGAUGAUAACAUUAAUAAAUGUGUUUUACCCGAAGACUGCACAAAAACAUGUGGACGAAACGAAGUUUACUCCAAUUGCACUCAAGCACAAUGUGGACCUAAGAAUUGUUCUCAACUUGGGUAUCCAGUAGCAUGUCCGAUGAUCCAGGCUAGUUCGUGUACCCAGGGCUGUUUGUGCAAAAAAGGAUAUUUGAGGGCUGAAAAUGGCACUUGUAUACCUGGAGAAAAAUGCCCAUCCUGCGGUGGAGACAACAACGCUCGUUCCGGCUGCGGCGUGAACUGUAACAAACGGUGUGGCGAUAUCGGAAAAGAGCCAGGAGCAUGUAUUGCAAUUUGCUAUGACAAUGCUUGCGAUUGCAACGAAGGAUUUUACCUAAACGAGAAUACAGGAAAAUGCGUAAAACCAAACCAGUGCCCAAAACCACUUUGUGGCAAAAACGAAGAAUCUUCAGAUUGCGCCAAUUGCUAUGAUAGUCCAGAUUGUAAUGUGGAUCCCAUGGAUUGCAUUCAAGGAUGCAUUUGCAAAGUAGGAUAUGUGAGAAACGAUGAAGGAGUUUGUGUUCGAGAUGAUUGUGAUGACUCAUGCAAUGGGGAUCCGAACGCCGUUGUUGGAUGUGGAGUAAAUUGUAACAGACAUUGUUCUAAUAUCGGCAAAGAAAUUCAAAGUUGUGCUGCUGUUUGCUACGAAGACGGCUGCGAUUGUAAAGACGGAUAUUAUUACGAUGAUAACAUUAAUAAAUGUGUUUUACCCGAAGACUGCACUCCUACUUGUGGAAAAGAUGAAGUCUACAAUGAUUGUAUACAAGGGUACUGCCAACCGAAGAAUUGUUCGGAAAUAGGGAAACCAGUGGCUUGCCCAAGAAUAGAUCCCAAAAAGUGCAUCAAAGGGUGCUUGUGUAAAGAAAACUACGUCAGAGCUGAUAAUGGAACGUGUAUACCAAAAACCGAUUGUCCAUCCUGCGGUGGAGACAACAACGCUCGUUCCGGCUGCGGAGUGAACUGUAACAAACGGUGUAGCGAUAUCGGAAAAGAGCCAGGAGGAUGCAGUGCAAUUUGCUAUGACAAUGCUUGCGAUUGUAAAGACGGAUUUUACCUAAACGAGAAUACAGGAAAAUGCGUAAAACCAAACCAGUGCCCUUCAAUAUGCGGUCCCGAUGAAGUGUAUUCCGAUUGUACAAACGGCGUUUGUAAUGCGAAAAACUGUACACAAUUAGGCAGACCCGUACCUUGCGUUAAGAUUAAUCCUAAGAAUUGCAAGAAAGGUUGCAUUUGUAAAGAGGGAUACUUACGCGACGAAAACGGCUUAUGUGUUCCUGAACAAUCUUGUCCUCAGUCUUGUAACAAGCCGAACGAAGUUUAUGAGCGGUGUACCUUCGACUGCCCUCCACAGACGUGCGACAGUCUCGACAAAGCGUAUGCGUGUCCAUUGCAGAAUAACCAAACUUGCGUAGGAAAAUGUAAAUGCAAACCCGGCUACUACAGAAAUUUAAUCGGAGAAUGUAUUUCCGAAGAAGAUUGCCGAAGAUGUCCCGGAAAACAUGAAUAUUAUUCUUGUGGCGGAGCAUGCGACAACAUUUGUGACAAACUAAGCGAAGAGAACCAGACAAGUUGUUCGAUAAUUAAUAUAAAAUGUAAUGAAAUGUGUUACUGCGAGGAAGGCUAUGCACGGAAUAAAAACAAUAUUUGUGUACCUUUUGAUCAAUGCAAUGAAAUCAAAUGUAAUCAGAAUGAGGUAUUCGAUUUAUGUCCUGCCCCAUGUCCUCCAAGAAGAUGCGGUAUAGACCCAGCCUUAGUGCUUUGUGCUCCGUCGCCUACAAUCGGAGAUCCAGGUUGCGAGCCCGGCUGUCGAUGUAUUGACGGUUACGUCAGGAAUGAUACAGAUGUUUGUAUUCCGAAAGAAGAAUGUCCUGUGGUGUGUACUGGAGAAAAUGAAGAAUAUGAUAACUGUCCAGCGCCUUGCCCACCACAAACGUGCGACAGUCUUAAAAGAAAAUAUUUUUGUCCCAAACAACGUAUUGUAAACGGAAAAUAUAUCCCAGACUCUAAAAGUGGGCAAAAGUGCGAGGGUUCAUGUCGUUGCAUACCUGGCUAUUAUAGAAACAAACAAGGCAUUUGUAUAUCAAAAGGAAGUUGUAAGUGCGGAGAAUACGAACGAUACGAAGUAUGCCCAUUUGAUACUUGCACUGCAAAAAAUUGUUCUGAACUCGGAUUCGCAAUAGGCUGCCCUGGGCAAACUCAAGACGGUAGUUGUCCUGGUGGUCCGGGAUGUGUCUGUAUCGACGGGUAUUUGAGGAAUGACGUAGGAUCCUGUAUACCACAGUCAGAAUGUGAAACAUGCGGAGGAGAUCCUAACGCAAGAGCCGGUUGUGGGAGUAAUUGUAACAGAAAAUGCUCCGAUAUUGGUGCAAAUGAAACAAAAGCUUGUACUUUAGCUUGCCGUGUCAACGCCUGUGAUUGUAAAGAUGGGUAUUAUCUCGAUGAAAACACCGGAAAAUGUGUGCUUCCUAACGAAUGCCCUUCAAUAUGCGGUCCCGAUGAAGUGUAUUCCGAUUGUACAAACGGCGGUUGUAAUGCGAAAAACUGUACACAAUUAGGCAGACCCGUACCUUGCGUUAAGAUUAAUUCUAAGAAUUGCAAGAAAGGUUGCAUUUGUAAAGAGGGAUACUUACGCGACGAAAACGGCUUAUGUGUUCCUGAACAAUCUUGUCCUCAGUCUUGUAACAAGCCGAACGAAGUUUAUGAGCGGUGUACCUUCGACUGCCCUCCACAGACGUGCGAUAGUCUUGACAAAGCGUAUGAGUGUCCAUUGCAGAAUAACCAAACUUGCGUAGGAAAAUGUAAAUGCAAACCCGGCUACUACAGAAAUUUAAUCGGAGAAUGUAUUUCCGAAGAAGAUUGCCGAAGAUGUCCCGGAAAACAUGAAUAUUAUUCUUGUGGCGGAGCAUGCGACAACAUUUGUGACAAACUAAGCGAAGAGAACCAGACAAGUUGUUCGAUAGUUAAUAUAAAAUGUAAUGAAAUGUGUUACUGCGAGGAAGGCUAUGCACGGAAUAAAAACAAUAUUUGUGUACCUUUUGAUCAAUGUAAUGAAAUCCAAUGUAAUAAGAAUGAGGUAUUCGAUUUAUGUCCUGCCCCAUGUCCUCCAAGAAGAUGCGGUAUAGACCCAGCCACAGUGAAUUGUAUUCCGUCGCCUAAAAUCGGAGAUCCAGGUUGCGAGCCCGGCUGUAGAUGUAUUGACGGUUACGUCAGGAAUGAUACAGAUGCUUGUAUUCCCAAAGAAGAAUGUCAGUGCGGAGAGAACGAACGAUACGAAGUAUGCCCAUUUGCUACAUGUACUGCAAAAAAUUGUUCUGAACUCGGAUUACCAAUAAGCUGCCCUGGGCAAACCCCAGACGGUAGUUGUCCUGGUGGUUCGGGAUGUGUCUGUAUCGACGGGUAUUUGAGGAAUGACAUAGGGGCCUGUAUACCACAGUCAGAAUGUGAAGCAUGCGGAGGAGAUCCAAAUGCAAGAGCCGGUUGUGGGAGUAAUUGCAACAGAAAAUGCUCCGAUAUAGUGGCAAAUGAAACAAAAGCUUGUACUUUGGCUUGCCGUGUCAACGCCUGUGAUUGCAAAGAUGGGUAUUAUCUCGAUGAAAACACAGGAAAAUGUGUGCUUCCUAACGAAUGCCCUUCAAUAUGCGGUCCCGAUGAAGUGUAUUCCCAUUGUACAAACGGUGGUUGUAAUGCGAAAAACUGUACACAAUUAGGCAGACCCGUACCUUGCGUUAAAAUUAAUCCUAAGAAUUGCAGGAAAGGUUGCAUUUGUAAAGAGGGAUACUUACGCGACGAAAACGGCUUAUGUGUUCCUGAACAAUCUUGUCAUCAGUCUUGUAACAAGCCGAACGAAGUUUAUGAGCGGUGUACCUUCGACUGCCCUCCACAGACGUGCGACAGUCUCGACAAAGCGUAUGCGUGUCCAUUGCAAAAUAACCAAACUUGCGUAGGAAAAUGUAAAUGCAAACCCGGCUACUACAGAAAUUUAAUCGGAGAAUGUAUUUCCGAAGAAGAUUGCCGAAGAUGUCCCGGAAAACAUGAAUAUUAUUCUUGUGGCGGAGCAUGCGACAACAUUUGUGACAAACUAAGCGAAGAGAACCAGACAAGUUGUUCGAUAAUUAAUAUAAAAUGUAAUGAAAUGUGUUACUGCGAGGAAGGCUAUGCACGGAAUAAAAACAAUAUUUGUGUACCUUUUGAUCAAUGCAAUGAUCCUGUUUGUCCUGAAAACGAAAGGUACGAUAAGUGUCCUGCAUUUUUGUGUGGUCCACAAAAGUGCUCUGAACUCGGCUUCGGUACAAACUGUCCAGCAUCUGUCAAUAAUGGUACUUGUCCCGGAAAACCGGGAUGCGUCUGUGUUAAUGGAUACGUCAGAAACAAUAAAAACGUUUGCAUACCACAGGAUCAAUGCCCUUCAUGUGGAGGAGACGAAAAUGCUCAAUCUGGAUGCGGUAAUUACUGUGGAAACCGUUGCUCAGAUUACGAAGGUGGACCAAAGGUAUGUCCUCUGAUCUGCAUCCUGAAUUCGUGUGACUGUAGACCGGGCUAUGUGUAUGAUGAUCUAGUUAAAAAAUGUGUUCUUCCGAAAGAUUGCUCAUCCAAACCACUUUGUGGCGAAAACGAAGAAUCUUCAGAUUGUGCCAAUCGCUAUGAUAGUCCAGAUUGCUAUGUGGAUCCCAUGGAUUGCAUUCAAGGAUGCAUUUGCAAAGUAGGAUAUGUGAGAAAUGAUGAAGGAGUUUGUGUUCGAGAUGAUUGUGAUGACUCAUGCAAUGGGGAUCCGAACGCCGUUGUUGGAUGUGGAGUAAACUGUAACAGACAUUGUUCUUAUAUCGGCAAAGAAAGUCAAGGUUGUAUUGAGAUUUGCUACGAAGACGGCUGCGAUUGUAAAGACGGAUAUUAUUACGAUGAUAACAUUAAUAAAUGUGUUUUACCCGAAGACUGCACAAAAAUAUGUGGGCGAAACGAAGUUUACUCCAAUUGCACUCAAGCACAAUGUGGACCUAAGAAUUGUUCUCAACUUGGGUAUCCAGUAGCAUGUCCGAUGAUCCAGGCUAGUUCGUGUACCCAGGGCUGUUUGUGCAAAAAAGGAUAUUUGAGGGCUGAAAAUGGCAUUUGUAUACCUGGAGAAAAAUGCCCGAGUUGCGGCGGAGAUCGUAAUGCGCGGCCCGGCUGCGGCGUCAACUGCAAUAAGCGUUGUUCAGAUAUUGGACAGGAACCUCAAUCUUGUAUACAGAUAUGCUACAGCAACGCUUGCGACUGUAAAGAUGGUUUUUAUUUAGACACCAACACGGGGAAAUGCGUUCUUCCCGAAAAAUGCACUCCUACUUGUGGAAAAGAUGAAGUCUACAAUGAUUGUAUACAAGGGUACUGCCAACCGAAGAAUUGUUCGGAAAUAGGGAAACCCGUUGCUUGUCCAAGAAUAGAUCCCAAGAAUUGCAUCAAAGGGUGCUUGUGUAAAGAAAACUACGUCAGAGCUGAUAAUGGAACGUGUAUACCAAAAACCGACUGUCGUGAGUACUUACAGUUAUUAGUAAAUAUUUCAUAAUUUAGUUAGAACUGU